GAGAGCAGCACAGCCCAGGCGAGGAGCACCGUGGCUGGAGAGAGGGGGGAAAAUGCCUUGCUUUGUGGAGAGAGUUCCUCCAGAGCGACAGGGAGAGCUGGGGCAGAGCAAGCGGGGCAGCUUCCUGUCAGCUGAAAGGGCUGUAUGCACUGAUAGGACCUCAGGAAAAUCCAAGAUGGCUGCCAAAAGAAAAGGCGGCUUGAAGCUGAAUGCUAUCUGCGCUAAGCUGAGCCGGCAGGUGGUCUACGACUCCACCUCCCAGAAUGCCGAGGAGGGGCCCGGCCUGGCAGACAGUUGCGAGAGGGGCAGCCUGCACCAUGAGGAUGCUGAUCGGCCCGACGUUGACUACCUGGAGGGCCCAGCCCCCGAGGACGACCAGCGGCGGCGCGAGGCCAUUGAGCGCUGGGUGAAUGGGGACUACGGCGAGGAGACUUCGCUGGAGGGGGCGCGGGAAAGCCCCCCCGAGGGGGUUUACAUGAUUCAGCCCAAGGGCUGCAGCGAGGAGGAGGAUGACGCAGGCGAGGAGCAUUCCAGCCUGCCCGGCUCACGCAACAGCAGCUACCGCGAGGACCGCGACUCGGAGGACACGGGACCCAAAGAGGACAGCUACGCCUCCCCUGGCGAGACCCCUGGCCGCCAGGCCCCUUUCUCCUCUCCUGAGGCAGAUACCAAAAGACCUGUGGUGUCUUGCAAGGCCUCUGGUGGGGGUGUAGGCCCCCCCAGCUCAGGUCAGAGGGCAGUGAAGGGCUCUGGUGAAGGUCAGCUUCAUACCUCAGGCCAGGGGACAAUAGGUGAGGCCCACGCUCUGCGUGACUACGCUGCCAACACCAUGAACGAGUUCCUGGGCAUGUUUGGCUAUGAUGAUCAGCAGGUGCGCGACGAGCUCGCCCGCAAGAUCAGCUUUGAGAGGCUCAAGGUAGCCACCUGUGACCCGGCGCCCCCUGGUGGCGAGGAGGUCUCCCGACGUGCUCGAUUUUCCAAGUAUGAGGAGUACAUCCGCAAGCUAAAGGCAGGCGAGAGCCCCUGGCCCCUGCCCAAGGCUGACGAGGCCGGCCCCAAGCUAGGCCAGGAGAAGGCCUCGCUGCUGCCGGCCCCGGGCUGCCUCCAGCCCUCCGAGGGCCGCCUCCAGGCCUCUGAGGGCCAGGUCUACCCAGCCGGCUCCGACCACAAAGCCGGGGGCCACCUGGGGGGCCCGCCCGCCAGUCCCACACAGAUGCAGGGCCUGGCGUCACGUGCCUCCAAGUACGACUUCUUCAUCCACAAGCUGAAGAUUGGAGAGAGCCUGAGGCAGCAGAAUGGCGCCACCUACAGACGGCCCUCCAAGUAUGACCUAGAGAACGUCAAGUUCCUGCAUCUCUUCAAGCCCGGGGAAGGGAGCCCCGACAUGGGUGGGGCCAUCGCCUUCAAGACCGGCAAGGUGGGCCGCCCGUCCAAGUACGACAUCCGAAACAUUCAGAAGCUGAUGCCCGGCAAGCCAGAGGCGGCUCUCAUGCCCAACGUGCUCCAAGCGCCUCCGGGCAACCCCACGGCCACCGCCCCGGGUGCCAGCGCCGCCACCAGCGUUCCCGGGGACCAGGCCGGACCCCUGGCCUUCAGUGCUGCUGACUACCUGAAGUCCAGCUUUUCCAAGACUGACUCCAUCACCACGGGAACCGUGUCCUCAGUCAAGUCACAGACGUGUCCCUGUCACCUGAGGACCAUGUCAGCCCAGCAUCUGUGCAGCCUCCGUCAGAGUGAGGUGUUCAUUUUCACUGCCGCAGAAGCACCUGAUAAAAAACAGCCAGCCCUGAUGUGGGCUGGAUGCUCCGGGCGCGGCGUCUGUAUCUGCCAGCUGCAGCUUGUGGCCGGCUGGACCCGGCUUCAUAUCCCAUCCCUAACCGGCGCCCGCCUGGGCCUCGACUUGCCCCCCUACAGGUUUUCGGGCAGUCAGCAUUGCGGCCAUGUCCACUGCGCCUACCAGUACCGCGAGCACUACCACUGCAUGGACCCGGAGUGCAACUACCAGAGAUUCACCAGUAAGCAGGACGUGAUCCGGCACUACAACAUGCACAAGAAGCGGGACAACUCCCUGCAGCACGGGUUCAUGCGCUUCAGCCCGCUGGAUGACUGCAGUGUCUACUACCACGGCUGCCACCUCAACGGCAAGAGCACCCACUACCACUGCAUGCAGGUGGGAUGCAACAAGGUGUAUACCAGCACCUCUGACGUCAUGACCCAUGAGAACUUCCACAAGAAGAACGCCCAACUUAUCAACGAUGGCUUCCAGAGGUUCCGCGCCACCGAGGACUGUGGCACUGUGGAAUGCCAGUUCUAUGGGCAGAAGACCACCCACUUCCACUGCAGGCGACCUGGGUGCACCUUCACCUUCAAGAACAAGUGUGACAUUGAGAAGCACAAGAGCUAUCACAUCAAAGAUGACGCCUACGCCAAGGACGGCUUCAAGAAGUUCUACAAGUACGAGGAAUGCAAGUACGAGGGCUGCGUCUAUAGCAAGGCCACCAACCACUUCCACUGCAUCCGCAGUGGCUGUGGCUUCACCUUCACCUCCACCAGCCAGAUGACGUCGCACAAGCGCAAGCACGAGCGCCGGCACAUCCGCUCCUCCAGCGUGCUCGGCCUGUCCUCCUCCUUCCUGGUGCCCAAGGAGGAGCCAGAGGAGUCCAGCAACGACGACCUGAUGGACUUCUCCGCACUCAGCAGCAAGAACUCCAGCCUGAGUGCCUCUCCUACUGCCCAGCCCUCCUCUUCCGGGCAGCCUGUACCGUCGCUGCCGGCCACACCUGCCACUAGCGCCGCCUCCGUCUCCACAGGCCUGACCGCCAAGCCCAUGCCUUCGCUCCCCGCCACGGGCCGCAUGUCCAGCCUGCUGAGCCAGGCGCUGCCUGCCAACGUGCCAGUGGCCCUGGCCCUCUCCGGCUCCAGCCCCUUCUUCCCACUCAUGCCACGCCUCCCACUGCAGCUCCCGCCCACCUCCGCGGCCACGGCCAUAGCCUCCGGCGCCAACACUCGCACCUCCCCCAGCGACUGCCAGAGCAGCUCCACCCCCGGGGAGGGCAUCACCUCAGCGCCUGGCAGCUUCGCCGCCACCUCCAUUGUGGAGAAGAUCUCUGCUACCAAGGGCCUAAUAUCACCCAUGAUGGCCAGGCUGGCCGCAGCGGCCCUGAAGCCUUCUGGGAACCUGGAGACAGGGAACGGGCUGCCCGCUCCGCCGGGCCGCUUCAACCCGGUUCACGUGAAGCAGGAGCCCACGGACGGCAAUGCCGGCGCUUCCCAGGAUUCCCUGCAGGAGCACAGCCUGGAUCUGAGCAAGAAGGUCCACAGUAAUGACUCAAACGGACACCCUGUUCUGGGAAAUACAUCUCUUUUAUCCUCGCUUAUGAAUAAGAUGUCUCAUGUGAACUCAGGCUUGUUUGGCUCGCUGAACCUGAAGACGGACACGGAGGGCGUCCUGGGGUCGGACGGCUCCGAGGCGAUGCAGUACCUCAGCCACAUCAUGAAACGACCCCAGCAGGACAAGCCUGUGGAGCUGUGGAGGACCUACUUGCGCAGGUUUGGCACAGAGGACUUCUGCGAGACCCACUGUGACUUCCUGCGCAAGGUUCACUUCCACUGCCUGGUAGAGGACUGCGGUGCCCUCUUCAGCACGGUCGACGGAGCCAUCAAGCAUGCCAACUUUCACUUCCGGGCGACCAUGAAGGUGAAGUCAGAGCCCCACUUCGGCGAGAACAAGGAGCCAGGGGAGGGCGCCCCACCUCAGCCAUCUGUGCCCAUUUCCAUGGCCGCCAUCGCCACCACAGAGGCGGCGGGCUUCUGCUCCUCUACAUCUCCCUCGCUGCUGGCCUGGAAGCAGCUGACGGGCGCCGUGCCUCCACUGCCCGCCGCCUCUGCCCCCCUGGCCACCACCUCGCUGGAGAAUGCCAAGCCGCAGGUCAAGCCGGGAUUCCUGCAGUUCCAGGACAAUGACCCCUGCCUGGCCACAGACUGCAAGUACUCCAACAAGUUCCACUUCCACUGUCUGUUUGGGAACUGCAAGUAUGUGUGCAAGACUUCGGGGAAGGCAGAGUCACACUGUCUGGACCACAUCAACCCCAGCAACAACCUGGUCAACGUGCGUGACCAGUUCUCCUACUACUCACUGCAGUGCCUCUGUCCCAAUCAGCACUGCGAGUUCCGGAUGCGCGGCCACUACCACUGCCUGAGGCCUGGCUGCUUCUUCGUCACCAACAUCACCACCAAGCUGCCGUGGCACGUGAAGAAGCACGAGAAGGCGGAGCGCCGCGCCGCCAACGGCUUCAAGUACUUCACCAAGCGCGAGGAGUGCGGCCGGCUUGGCUGCAAGUAUAACCAAGUGAACAGCCAUUUCCACUGCAUCCGGGAAGGCUGCCUCUUCUCCUUCCUCCUGAAGCACCAGAUGACGUCCCACGCCCGCAAGCACAUGAGGAGGAUGCUGGGAAAGAACUUCGACCGUGUCCCCUCCCAGGUGGUACCCCAUGCCCAUAGGCCAGAUGAGAUGCAGAACAUGGCAAGCCUGUCGGCGGGUGCCGGGGGGCCCGGCAUGUCGGGCUUCACAGAUGACGGAGACGAGUAUAUGGACUACCUGGGCGGCGGCAGCAGCCCGCUCGGCCUUUCCUCAGAGUCGUCCAACCAGGACCGCAGCUGCACCAGCACCCCAGUGGGCAACGACAGCUCCCCGGCAGGAUCAGGCUGCCAGGUCCCUGCUCCUGCUGCCAUCGCCCCCGCUGACACUUCCGCUACCCACAAUGCACCUCCUCCACCGCCACCUCCUCCUCCUCCACCUUCUCUGCUACCUCCACUGCAGCCCACGGCCUCGCCUUUCCCCCCGGCCCUGCUACGGCCGCCCCUCCCCUCGCUGCCAUACCUCCUCUCUCCAUCCUGUCUGUCAUACUCUCUGCUCAGCGCCUCCCUCGGAGCCACCCGGGGUGUUGUCAUGCCGACCAACACGCCGGCGUUCAGUCCGAUCGUUGCCGCGCCGUCUCCGGUUAAAAGCGACGUCCCUAUAGUGCAGGAUGCCGCAGGCAACACCAUCUCCAUCCCGACGGCAACUGGGGCCAAGAAGCGCUUCUGGAUCAUCGAGGACAUGUCACCCUUUGGGAAACGCCGCAAGACACCAUCCUCACGCAAGAUGCUGGACGAGGGCAUGAUGCUGGAUGGCUUCCGGCGUUAUGACCUCUAUGAGGAUUGCAAGGACAGUGGCUGCCAGUUCUCGCUGAAAGUGACGCACUACCACUGCACACGGGAGAACUGCGGCUACCGCUUCUGCGGCCGCACGCACAUGUACAAGCACGCGCAGCACCAUGACCGCGUGGACAACUUGGUGCUGGACGACUUCAAGCGCUUCAAGUCAUCGCUGAGCUGCCACUUCCCCGACUGCCAGUUCUCAGGGAACAGCACGCAUUUCCACUGCCUGCGCUGCGGAUUCCGCUGCACGGACAGCACCAAGGUGACGGCGCACCGCAAGCACCACGGCAAGCAGGACGUCAUCAGCGCCGCCGGCUUCUGCCAGUUCAGCUCCAGCACCGACUGUGAGGUGGCCGACUGCAAGUACAAGCUCAAGUGCUCGCAUUUCCACUGCACGUUCCCUGACUGCAAGCACACAGUGGUGGGCAUGUCGCAGAUGGACUCGCACAAGCGCAAGCACGGCAAGCAGGAGCGCGGUGAGCUGCAGGCCCUUUCACCCGGGAGGGACACCCACAUGGCCCCCUCUAUGCCACCGCCUGGCAUGGCCACACCUGGCUCCAGACCCCACUGCAUCCCGCAGCACCGUCCCGCCGCCUUUCUCCCAUCGACCAGCGACGCCCCAGCAUUUGAUGGCCCCACCCCCACCUCCGGUGUCAGCCUGGACAGCUCCCUGACGCUAGGCACGGACACCGGUGGCUCUCUCUUCUUCCUCAAGAACACGGCCGGUCUUGGUCUGAGCGACUCGCUGGACCUGAGUGGCGCGAUGCAGCGUGGGCCGCUGGGCACGCCCUCAUCGAUCGGCACCACUCACCUCGGCCCCACCGGCCCACACGGCCCGCCCCACCCCCACAAUGACGCCGAGGACGACCUCUCACCCGAGGAGGAGAUGAACGUGGAGGACGAGGAGGAGGAUGAGGAGGAGGAGGAGGAAGAUGAAGACGAGGAGGAUGAGGAGGGCGAGGAAGACCUGAACACAGACUCGUACGAAGAUUCUAUCCCCGAGCCGGAAGGCAUGGACGGGGAGAAGGACAGCGGAGUGGGCUUCGAUGCUCCCACAAACCACGUCAGCGCGUCCCCCGUGGAGCAGGGCGAGGCGGAACUGUGAAGCACCCAAGCUGAAGCAGGAUCUGGCGGGAUACGAACAAACAGGACCUGCGGCCUUGUGUGUCACGCCAAGGGCUGGCGUCGAGGACGAGGCGGCAAUACGGCCCUCAGCGAUCCGCUCUCAUGUUUACAAGAUGACCAACGUUAUUCGUUUUAGUAUGCAUACAGAAAAACAAACGGAAGACCUGCCCAAUGAGGCUCUUUUACACGUGGGUGCAAAACGUCGAUGUUUUCUUACACUUCGCUCUUUCUUGUGUGCGUGCAUGUUUGAAUUUAAUUUAUUUUUCUUUUGUUUGUUACUUUUUUCAUGUGUGGUAAAAACACCAUAAGAAAAAAACAUUUAUCAUAAUAUAUGUAUAACUAUAUACAGUAGGUGUGUGGAUAUCGAUAUACAAAGGGAACUGUAAGUGUGCGGUCAUUACACAAACUGCUAAACCCUUUCUACCUGUUAAAGGGAAAUCACUGUACAAAUAUAUAUAGGGGAGAUUUAUUAAAGAGGAUGUGGUAGAAUAAUGGAGUUUAAUGGAAAAACGCAAUGCAUUAUUGUUAUUAUCAUUACUAUUACAGUGCAGGGUUUCCGCACUAGUGCUCUGACGUUCCAGCAGUCGCUGAAAGCUGGUUCUCCGUUCCGUGUUCCCCUGCUUAGACACGCUCUCUCUGUCUCAGAGCGCAGGCGCGGCGGGACCCGUUUACCGGGCCGCCCUGCAGCUCCGGUCCCCCGCAGCCAGUGCCGGCUAAUAACGUUCCCUCGAUCUGGGCGGGCAGAAGUUUGAGCAGAGUCACUCACACACCCGGGGGGGGGGAGCAGGUAGGAAACAAACCGACACACACCUUGCUGAGCUGUCAGAGUGCUGCUCCUGCUGAACAGCCCCCUCCUCCCCCAUAACGGCGCCUGACGUUAGCUAACGGGGGUCGCGUGCCGAAAACACAAGUUUGGGAUGUUUGAAAUUCCAAGGUCCGCUCGUUACACCGCCACGUUCCGCAGCAGGAAUAACCAAAGGCAAGCUUCUCUCUCUCUCUUUCUUUCUUUCUUUUUUCCUCUUGGCACCACGCGAACAGUGAAAGGAACUGCUGAUGGAUGGGCCUGCUAGUGGACUGGACCGUGGUCAGCGUAGGGAACGAAGAGCUGAUUUUUCUUUUAAAUACAAGUUGUGUAGCAUGAACCAAUAGAUGAAAAUGACUAGGGAGAUGAAGGCAUUCUCUGGCGUAUCCUGUGAGAGAGUAAUUAAGGAGAUGUCGUGAAAAUCAUCUUCGGGUGGGCGGGUUGAAGGUCGAAUAAACAAGAAAAAGAGGGUUUGACGGGGCGUGGGGUAUUUGGGGGAUGUGUCCGAUGCUGGGGAGAGGGAGGUGUGUUCGUGUGAAAUGUACAGAAAGAAAACUGUCGAUUUUCGUUGUUUUGCCCUCGACCAUGACAGUGGCCGAGAUACGGUUGUAACGGUUUUAUUUAAUAUUUAUGUGACCUUGCAAUGAGAAUUUAGGGUGUUUUGCACUUUUCUAGGACCGUUUUUACUUCAUGAAAAAUACGGCAUAUAUCUUUGGACAGGGAAAUCGCUUUACGUUGUUUUAGUUUGUUUUGAUGCACAAAUAAUUGUAAGUGUGACAAAGAACUGUUAUUCUGUGUUUAAUUUAAAGUAAGGACUGAUUUUAUUUUUGUUCUUUUUUGCUUCCAUGAUUUGAUGACUAUGGUAAAGGAGCACCAGAUGUGUGUCCAUUGAGAAACGCUAAUAAUUAAUUACACUAAUAAGGACUGUAACCGAUUCUUUAUAAAGACGAGAUCUAAAGUACAAAAUUGUUUUUUUGUAGCCAGGUCUGAAUCUUGGUUGAAAAUGAAUGACUGUACCUUUCUUCAGGAAUGACGGUGUAAAAUCAAGGAGCAGGGAAUGCUAUCAUUAAAUUAUUUCUGGAACAUUCUCUUUCAAAGAAUAUAUGGUAUAGGUGAUUAAAUGUGUAGAUGGUUAUCUUCACAAUAUUGUCUCAAAAAAAAGAAAAAAAGCUGUACAGUAUUUUUCUGUAACAAAAUAUAUAUGAACAAAAUGCUCUUUGAUGAAACGCUUCCAGUAAGAACCGAAAAGAAUAAAAAAGGUGAAAAAGGAAAAUGGAAAAAAACGAAAUUCUGAAAUAGUACCGAUGUAGUUCGCUUGUGUAUGUGAGUAUUUUUCCGUUUUGCCCUUUUUAGGAUUAGAAACAAAUAAUUUAGCGCCCCCGACAGACUGUAGCACUGCAAGCGAAAACUGGUUAAUUCGGGUCGAAUUUUUUGCAUUAGAAAAAAAAUCUGUUGUUAGGGAUUUUAAGAAUAACGGCGAACACACUGAUUAGAUUUGUCAAUUGGUGUUCCUAGUUUAUUUAACGCCAUGACCACUUUGUCACAGUUUUGUGUGUUUUUCUUAUUAUUUAAUUAGUCCUCAACGUUUUUUUUUUCGAGCACGCCUCAACUCAUCGCUUCACUCCGGUCUCAAACUCAAGGCUUCUGCCUCUCCUGGACUGUUCCCCUUCAAAGAAUUGUUGAAAUAGAAAUUGGGCUGGGAGGCAUAUUGUGCACUUGAAUACAAUUUUAUGUGUGUAAAAUAGCAGGAUUUGUAAAAAGUGGAAAAUAAAGAAAAUAUAAUUAUUAUAACAAUA